GUGAGCUGUAAGCUCCACGGUAAGACCCUCUGUUACAAUGAACGGGAUAGGAAUCCGGAAAACCGCAAGAUCAUUAGCCCGGGGAAGUUCGUUGGGGUUCGGGGCACAAUUCAAGAACAGGUGGAUUGGUUGGCGCAUUAGCGGUGAUGAAUGCUCUGCGUGUGUGCCAGUGAGGAGUGUGCCUAGUUACACACGCACCCGAUACCGGUCACUGUUCAUUCUUUCAUAAGCUUUCGGGAUAGGUGGCUCGCGCUCUGAUCUACAGAGCUUUGGAGCCGAUUCUUCCUUUCUUCUGUAGGAUUUCUGGACAGUAUUUUCACUGUUUGGAUCAUUACCUGCGAGUUCUCGAUCCGGGAGGAUCUGAUCUGUACCUUUUCGGAAGUUAGCUUAGUCUUCGAGCGAAUGGAAAUGCGCUGAGAUCUUCUUUUCCGUGGAUGGUUUUCUUUCAAAGAGAGGUGAAGUCUUAGCUGUCAGCAGCUAGCCAGAGCUGCCUGUGUGUGGUGUUGGGAUUUCUUUCGCACCGUGAGCCUGCCACGAUGGUCGGCGUUUCGGCCGAUCGACCCCGUCGGACUUGGCGGGGUUUAACCUGGGAUUUGAAAGCCCUCGGGCCUUCCAGUGGGUUGGCUGGGAUGGUGUUGUGUGCCUUUGUGCUCGCUGGAGCAGUGUCGGGGGAAGGAACCGACGUCGGGGCGGAUGGAGGGCGGAUGAAACGGAUGGUGCAGACGAACGUUCGGGGUCUACAUGUGUGUCGUUCUCAGGGUGGAUACAUCUGUUGUCCGGGAUGGAAGCCAAAUCCAGGGAGUGGACUGUGCCUCACUCCUGUUUGCCGGGGCUCCUGUGGAGAGGGCGUGUGCAGUGCUCCCAACACCUGCACCCGAUGUCAACAGACACCUUAUGGGACAACAACAUGCCAGCGCACUGCACCUGCUUACAGCAGAUCGUCCUACCCAGUGCAUCCCUACAGCCAAACCCAGUAUGCCGCCCUGAACCGACAGACAUCCCAGCUGGUCUCUGCCCCCCACUAUGUCCAGGGCUACCAGACCAGUAAUAGUCCGAGAUAUCAGACCCAUGCCAUGCAAGGGUACCAGACCCGACCCUCCUACUCCACCAGUGGUGGCCGUUCCUGCAGCACGCUGGGCUGCCGGUACGGGUGCGGGUCCACAGCGACUGGCAGCACCAGCUGCACCUGCCCACCUGGGUACAUGCUGGCGUCAGAUAGGAGGAGUUGUAGAGAUGUGGAUGAAUGUUCAAGAUAUUCCGGGCUGUGCCAGCAGAACUGCAGAAACACUCUAGGCGGAUACCAGUGUUCUUGCACCACAGGGCAUCUAAUGAACAACAGGAGAACGUGCUCAGACAGCAGAGGUUGCACCACCUGUAGGGGUGGCAUGCCUGCCCCGGGGCCUGUCACCCUCCCUGGCAGCGGUUCCUGCCCUGCUGGCUUCCAGCCACAGAGAACGUCACAAGGCAUACGCUGUGUGGAUAUUGAUGAAUGUCGGAGCUCCCAGUGUGACCAGGAGUGCAUCAACACCGAGGGCGGUAUGCGAUGUGAAUGUGGGCCUGGGUUCACUCUCUCACCUGAUGGCCAGGGAUGUACAGAUAUUGAUGAGUGUGCACGCAGUGACUGGCAGCCCUGCCAUCAUACCUGCAUCAACUCAAGGGGGAGCUUCAGGUGCUCCUGCCAACCUGGAUAUUACCUGCACCAAAAUGGACGGUCCUGCUUAGAUGUGAAUGAGUGCACCCAGGGAGGGGGACAGGUUUGUCACCAUAUCUGUCAGAACACCCAUGGGAGCUACCGCUGCUCUUGCCGUCCAGGAUUUGAACUCCAAUCAGACGGAACAACUUGCCGGGAUAUUGAUGAGUGCAGCCAGGGAUCGAAUGGCUGUUCUGGGAGCUGCAUCAACACGAUUGGCUCAUACCAAUGUAGCUGCACGCAGGGCUACACCAACAGAGGUGGAACAUGUGUGGACAUUGACGAGUGUCAGAUGAGCAAUGGUGGAUGUGAGCAACUCUGCGUCAACACCCAAGGGAGCUUCCUGUGCUCCUGUCGCCAAGGUUACACACUCAACAGUGAUGCCAGGACCUGCACGGAUGUGGAUGAGUGCGGGCAGUUUUCCGGGCGGGUCUGCGAGCAUGGCUGUGAGAAUGUUGAUGGCACGUACCAGUGCAGGUGUCCUUCGGGGUUCAGGCUGCAUGCCAACAAGCAGAACUGCAUUGAUAUCAACGAGUGCGUAGAGCAGCAAGGCGUGUGCCACUACCGAUGCGUUAACACCAGGGGAUCCUACCACUGCAUCUGUCCUCCGUCAUUCCAGCUGGCUGCUGACGGUAGAAUGUGUGACGAUGUGGAUGAGUGUACAGUAAGCAAUCAUGGUUGCCAGGGUGGAUGCGAGAACACCAUGGGCAGCUACCACUGCACAUGUGCAGAAGGACAGCUGGGCACCGGUGAUCUCUACUGUGGUAAACAGCCAAGUGGAUGUACAAGUGACAUGUGCUCCCACAAGUGUGUGGACACAGGAGUUGGCCACCAGUGUAUGUGCCCCAGGGGAUACCAGUUACACAGUGGAGGUCGCCAUUGUGAAGAUAAAAAUGAGUGCCUGGAGGUUGGAAAGGGUGGUUGCCAGCAUCAGUGCACCAACACCAUGGGCAGCUACUACUGCUCCUGUUACCCCGGCUACCGGCUCCACUAUGACAGGAAACACUGCGUGCCCAGCCCGGGCUGCAACACGUGUAACGUCUGCCCCGCGGGAUUCCGCAUGAAUACGCAGACUCGACGGUGCGAAGAUGUUGACGAGUGUUCAUCACCGCCCAACCACUGCGGCACCACACGCUGCUCUCCGAACAGAGCAGUGUGCUCGCACAAUUGCAUCAACACCGUCGGCAGUUACUCCUGCACCUGCAGGCCCGGCUAUCUGAUACAGCCCGAUGGGUACACCUGUGCACAAGAUGGACCUGUGUGUUCCCCUCCCUGUCGCAAUGGAGGUACAUGUCGCUACUCCAGGCAGUGUGGAGGAAACACGUACAACUGUCGAUUUACUGAGUGCACAUGUCGGGCUGGAUUCACAGGACCUCACUGCGAAAAUGUCUUACCUACCUCCUGCCAGCCACCCUGCAUGAACGGCGGUCAGUGUGUGGACGGCAUCUGCCAGUGCACGGCAGGCUUCACUGGACCCUCCUGCUCCUCAGACAAGAAUGAGUGUUUGAACCACCGGUGUGAGCAUCACUGCCAGAACACGUUUGGUAGCUUCCAGUGUCUCUGCCGAGGAGGCUACACAAUCAACGCAGACGGAGAGACAUGCAGCGAGAUUGGCUGUUUCCCACCUUGCAUGAAUGGAGCCACAUGUGUCAACAAGGCGUGCGUUUGCCCAGAGGGCUUCAGUGGUCCCAACUGCCAGACAGACAUCAAUGAGUGUGCAACCGACAAUGGCGGCUGUGAGUACAUAUGCAGGAACACGUACGGCAGCUAUGUGUGUUUCUGCCCACGAGGUGCAACACUAAGUCCAGACAAGCACUCUUGUUCAGGAGUAACUUGCAGCCCGCCAUGUAAUAACAAUGGCACGUGCGUGAACAGGAUGUGCCGUUGCCCACCCGGUUUCACCGGCCCCACUUGUCUACAAGACAUCAAUGAGUGUAAUACUGACAACCCCUGUGCCUACCAGUGCCUGAACACGUAUGGCAGUUACGAGUGCGUCUGCCCAGACGGAACACAGCUUGGUGAUGACCGGAGAUCAUGUGAAGACUUGUUUGACUGCAUUCCUCCGUGUCAGAAUGGAGGCACGUGUCGGUCUGGUACCUGCAUCUGCCCGGAGGGCUUCACCGGACCAACAUGCACCACUGAUAUCGAUGAAUGCCAGGACCCAACCCGCUGCACGUUCCAGUGCAACAACUACUACGGCGGCUAUCAGUGUCUCUGCCCGCUGGGUUUCAUGCUUGGGGAAGACGGGAGAAAGUGUGUAGUCAAGAAUGAGUGUCCCCAAAGCAACUGA